UAGAGCUUUAAUGAUGGUGUGUUGAAUCAAGACCAAAGCUAGUAAUCUGCCACCAUGUUAGAGGUUAUAGGAGCAGGUAUCAAAGCCCCUUCUGGGCUAGAGUUCAGGCAGUCUAAGAUGGAACCAACUCUAAUGGGAGUAUGGGCAAAGAAAUCUGUUCGGAAGGGGCGAACCUUUGGGCCUUUCAUUGGUGAGAAGAGAGAUUGCAGUGAUGUCUUAGACGAUACAUACUCCUGGGAGAUCCGAGGGCCUAAAGGAGUACGGCUUUACAGCAUUGAUGCAUCGGAACCUUCUAAAGCAAACUGGAUGAGGUAUGUGAAGAGUGCCAGAAGUUUUGAGGAACAGAACAUGAUUGCUACACAGUACAAGAGAAGUAUCUACUACAGGACACUAAGGCCUAUAACUGCUGGAGAAGAACUGAUGUGUUGGUAUAAGAACCUGUCGCCCACGGCGCAUCCAUUAGAGACGACUGAGUCAUUAGAGAUGGAGGAGAGUGAUGGCGCCCUCAACACAUCGGGAGAAAGCAUCACAAGUGCCAAGUCUGAUGGCAAUGAAUGUAAAUCAGAUGGUGACAGCUACGAUAUGCAGAUGCCAAUCUUGGAGAAAAUGGAGACAUCAGAUAUUGUCCCAUCCCAGCUGGACACCAACAUGUCUACAGAGUCAGAGAACAGAGCCAAGGUACCAAGUCACCUCGAUGUUAUGGGUCAUGACGAGAUGGAUGACAAGGUUGCAGAACCACCUCUCAUCUCUCCCAUCUAUCCAUCCAACAGCCAACACUCGGCCAACUUCUCCUCCAUAACAGCUGGGGUAGACAUAGGUGGUGUUGGAGAUAGCAACAUUCAGAUUCAGGAACCUGAUAUAUCAUCCAGUGAUGCCACCUCCCACUAUAUGGCAAGUUCUGAAGAUACUUUGGAAGGACAUGUGGACUCCACCUCAAUCACUGAUUUAAAAGACGAUGUGAAAGGCGUUGGUGCUAAAAAGAAGAGCAAAGCGGAUUUGAAACGUCAGCUUAAAGGUCAGGGUGGUGCUCCAAAGAAGAAAACUAGGGUUGGCCAAAAGAUAGUGGGAGCACCCAAGUCUCAGGGGUCUGUGCCAAUGAUGGAAAAGGAUAACAAGAUACCAGUAGAUGAAGAUGGGAAUAGUGUCGCAGUGAUUGGACCUGAUUGUGUCAUUACAUUGCCUGAUGGAAGUGAACUAUUCGAAUGCCAGUUUUGUCCAAAGAGAUGUCGUUUUCCCAACGGCCUCAAAUUACAUCUUAAGCUGAAGCACCAUGUUAUGAAAAUCACAGUGGAAGGUGUUAAUACAACAAAAUGGGGAAAAGGAUUAGGACCUGAUGAUAUCAAAAACAGAAAGAAGGCAAAAGUAAAGAAAGAGGAAGAUAAAGUGAAAAAAGACAAACUAAUUCAGGAAACUGUUAAUAUUGUAAAGACUCCUCCAGAGGAAAUAAAAAAGCCUCCAGUCUCUUUGCCUGCUAAGAAAAAUCCAAAGAACACUAAAAAGGGACAGUUCAACUGUCACCUAUGUAACAGGACAUUUAUGUAUGCAACAUGGAGGGAGAAACACUUGCUGAGACACAAGGUUGAAGGGAGUAAGGAAAUGUUCCUCUGCCCUGAAUGUCCAAGGAGGUUUGUUACAGAUGGAGACCUGACAAAGCAUAAGCUUACCCACAGAUCAGUGCCUCAGGAUCUAACUACAGAAAGUGAAUCAGAUGUUCCUGUUCAAGGGCCAGGCCAAAAAAAUGCUGUGGAACUCCAGAUAAAGAGUCCAGGUGAUAAAAUAGAUAAUGGUGUUGCCUCAGAAACAUCUGAGGCUCCAGUAGUGAAGAGUCCAGUUCAAGAUGUUAAUUCAUCUGUGAUGACGUCCUCUGAAAGUGCUGAUGGGACUGACAAAGGAACAUCUGAUGAUCAGGAUGUAGCAAGGAGACGAACCAUUACCAACAGGAAAGGUGCUCUGAAGAAGGUUGCAUCAUGCAAAAUAUGUGGAAUUGAAUUUGUGUCCUCGUCAAAUCUCCAUCGGCAUCUCAGGAAGAGGCAUGGACUGAAUCUUGUGAAGAAACAAGGACCAAAGUCAUCCGGGGAGAGUGAUGUUGUCAAGACAGAAGGUAGCCCUGCUGAGGAGAAAGAAUCAACAGUCAGUAUGAAAGCAGAUGUGAUGAAUAAGCCUCUUUCUCAAGAAAGCUUGUUAAAUGUUCCCAUAGUGAAUCCAACACAAACAAAGGGGCACAUGAAGACAAUGGCCAAUAUGACUAGGAUGAUCAGAAGGAAGCAUGCUACUGCAGUUCUUCAGAGCAUGAUGAAAGAGAAGAAGUUUGGUGGAGAGGACACAGUAGGUGACCAAAGCAAAAUACGAGCCAAGCUGCAUGCUGCAUUGAAACAUGGAAAGAAUGCAAAACGGAAGCAAGGUUUUAAGAGGAUUGAGCAAGUUGCUUCCCUCACUGGUCUUACUGGUGAGCCAUGCCACACUGAAAUACCAAACCAAAUAUGUCCUUGGCAGAGCAACGUAAAACCGCAUCCCUUCAUCCCUAAGAAACCACCUACCCCACAGAGUGAUCUGUUAAGUCCAGGACCUUCGUCCAGCAAUAUUGAAGUCUUGGACCUAAGAGUGAAGAAGCCUAGGACAGAAACCUCUCAGAAGCAGAAUACAACUCUAUAUAUCUCGGCAGAUUCAUCACAACCUUUGGAUCUAUCAUGCCAUUCUCGUCCAGUGGUGCAAGUCCCCAAGUACCAGGUUACUCGAAAACAAACUCCUACAUCUCCUGUUGCAUCUGCCUCUCCUGCAUUCACUAGUCAUCAAGAGGUAAAGACAAUAACAAGAUUUAAUAUAACCCCUCGCAUGAAGUCAACAGGUUGGAGAUCUUCUACUUUGACCACUUCUUUGGAAUCUGCAGAUCUUGAGAGGCCAACCAAGUUUUCAGUCCUGGAUGCAGCCAUCACGUGUAAUGUUUGUGAGCUUCCUUUUGAUUCAAUGAAGCUCCUAACCCAACAUGUGGUAGCCCAUGCGGAGGACUAUCCUUACAAGUGUGAGUUUUGUGUGAAGCUCUUUGAGACAACAGAUAGUUUGGCAUCUCACAGGUAUGACUUACACAGAGUUGGCAAGAUGUACUGUUGCUCUGAGUGUCAGCAAGAGUUUGCCUACCUUUCAAAUCUCAAGCAGCACCAAGUAGAUAUUCAUUCAGAUCACAUGUGUUCGUAUACCGAGCGGGGGCCUGAGGAGAUCAGACCACAAAAUUUCACUGACCCCACAAAAGCCAUACAGACACCACCGAUCCUACCAGAGCCUAGAGAAAGGAUAUCCCUCAUUGCUCAUGAAAUGAGCAAAGUGAGUCCUUCCAAGUUUGGUCGUUUCACCUCGACCCAUAUAGCAGACACUAAAAACACUCCUCGAAAGAAAUCUAUGAAAAAAAAAGAUGUUCCGUGCAAUCCUCAAAGACAUCAUCCAUUCGCCCAUGCACGAGAGAUCGGUUACCUUAGUACCUUACCAGAUGGCAGUGUUACAAGUGGAAAAACUGUAAGCCACUUCGAAAUGGCUACAAAUAAUCGCUGCACCAAAUGCGCCAAAGUAUUUUCCAGUACUGCUGAUCUGCAUGUACACAUCAUGGAGUGUGCUGCUGCUAACGUGCCAGGGAAGCAAAAAACCCCAGUCAAGACUCCUGUAAAGACUCCUGUGAAGACUCCUGCAAAGGUUGCUGACAAAAAGAAGCUGACCCAGGAAGAGAAUAAGCAAAAGAAUGCCAAGGUCAGGAGGAUCAGGAUCCAAGCUGCUAAGAGGAGCAGAAGCAGAGCCAUUCAAAAAACCAGUGAGAGUGAAGAGAGCGAUGCAGCCCAGAAGCGGAAGAGAGCUCGUCCUGGACUCAAGAUGUACAACCCUCUUAAUCAUACAAGGAGAAGGGCCAGUGCAAAUAUUGUGGAUGUCCAUGCUUGCCUUGGCUGUGGGAAACAGUUCCACUUUAUCAAUGGUCUCGAGAGGCAUAUGAAGCUAUGUCCAAAUAAGGAUAAGCUCUUUAAUAAGAACACAAAUCCAUACUAUGCUCCUCGUAAUAUGAACCAUCAAUGUGCCUACUGUGCUCGCCAGUUUGUCUACCUCAGAAGCCUCAAGAAACAUAUCUCAAGCUGUCCUUCCAGGCCACCAGACGCUCCCACCUCUGUACCAUCCCUGAUUGUUUCCUUGGCUGCAGCGGCAUCAUCAGGAGUUCCCGUCACGGUUUCUACUGCAUUCUCCCCAGCUACCACCGUUACUCCUUCGACUUCUGCCUCCACACCUAUCCCUGCUACUAAUCCUAGUUGUGCAAUAACAGCCAAGACUGAAAUCCCCAAAAAGGGUGCUUCACUAGAAGUUACCUCAGAUAACCUUAAGAAUAAUGUUUCUCUCGAAGCGACUACUAAAACAAAUGAUAAUUUAGUCAAGGAUGAGGUGCAAGGUGUUGUCUCAACUGUAGGUGGGGAAUCUUCCAUUUCAGGACCUCCAAGAAAAGCAAGGAGAAAGAGGAGGAGGUUGGACCCAUACAGCAAGAAGAAGAAACGAUCCAGCUCACCAAGGUCAAGGCAAAAAAUUGAGAUUGAGGCAGAGGACGAGGAUGAGGAUGUGGAAGGAGAUGAAUAUGAAGAUGGCGGUGACGAAGGAGAAGAGAAAGAGAUGCUACAGAUAGACGCAGAAAGCAGUCUAGAUAAAGGAACUUGUGUAAAGGUAGAAGAAAAGGUGCAACAAAAAAUAGAAAAUGGUAGAGAAAAGGCAAAUGGGGACUUAAAACAAAUUGAGGAAAAUGAUGCUGAUUGGAAGAAAAGAACUAAUGAAGACCAACAGAAAAUGAAAGAAAAUAUUAAAAUUUGUGAGACAAAGGAAUACAUCAUGGAAAACAAAGAAAAGAUAAGUUCAUUGCAGCAUACUGAUAAAGUCUUAGUGGACGAGAAGAAAGAUACAGACAACUGUACAGAGCUUAAAGAACCUGAAAAAGCCAAAGACAAACAAUUGGACAAGGAAGUCAGUUGUGGUGCUUCUGAUGUCACAAUGAAGGAACGGAUGAGCUGUAAGAAUGAUGCAGAAAUGAAUUGUACAAGUGAAGGUCUAUCAGGAAAUGGACAAGAAAAUAAAGACUAUGAGCUUCUGAAAGAAAGUGAGGUAGCAAAGUGUAGCAGAAAAGAAAACGAAGAACAACUUGAAACAGAUAACAAAUCCAGAUGAAACAGGCCUAUCUUGGAGAUGGAUGCAGGUAUUACAAGGAGAAAUAAGACCUUAACCUUUUGAAGGUCACACUUAUCAGGGAACAGCUGUAGGAUAGUGUUAUAUAUAGUACUACACAGAAAUUGUUUGCAGUACAAACUACACAUGCUUGUGAAAUAAACUUGAAAUAGUGAAGGCAAGUGUAAAAAAAAAGUCUUUUAUAUUUUCCAUUGACCCUAUUUAACUGUAUUUUUUUGUCAUAAAAAUUGAUGCAGAGUAGUUGUUCGGGCAGUGCAUUGUCUGGGGUGUCCAAACUAUUGAAAGAAAUUAUCAAAAAGAAAUUUAAGCCUUUAAAUAUCCCAACAUUUUCACAAAGAGCAUAUUGAUGGUUGGCAUUUACAGGCCAAGGCAUGUAUACCGUGACAGCUUGUCUGCAGUUUCAAAAAUUUAUGUUCAUAUCUAAAAUGUAGCAUGUAUGGCUUGCCCUUCACUCGUUACAUCAUGUAACGAGUGAAGUCAAGCCAUAAGUGCUACAUUUUAGAUAUGAACAUGGUAAUGUUUUUCUUGGGAAUAGCAAGAAUAGAUGGAUUGCAAUGUUUUUUUUUAUUUUCACUGAAUUUAAGCCUGUAUUACCUUGUUUGAUGCUGCAUCAUCCAUACUUCCUUGGAGGAAAAUAUUGGUAAAUGUUUGGUUAAAAUCUGUUCAAGAUUUGAUUUUUGUCUCGCCUGCAUAGCAGAGCGAGACUAUAGGCGCUGCUUUUCCGACAGCAGCGUCGUCGUCAAUAUCAAAUCUUAUCCCAAGGUUAAGCUUUUGAAAUGACAUCAUAACUUUUAAAAAUUCAGGUCACAUGAUCAAGGUCAAAGAUUAUUUAGGGUCAAUGACCUUUGGCCAUUUUGGAGGUAUUUGUUGAAUUACCAUCAUAACUUUGAAAGUUUAUGGAUAUAGUUAAUGAAAUGUGGACAUACAGGGGUAAUCCAAUAUCAAUGGUUUUUUGGGGGGAAUAAUUAUUUUAUAGCCAUUUUCAAAGUCAGCACUGCUGCUUUAUUGAAUCAUGUAAUCCAGGCAAGACUGCCUAAGGCACUCCACUUGGUUUUUACAGCACAGAUGAGUAGCUCCUCUUCAUGUUGUGUGAUAUAACUAUAAAAUAUGCCUAUUGCUCGAAAAAUUGAAAGUUAUUGUAUUUGUAAUGGUGGAUACUAUCAUUAGACACAUGAUUUUAUAAUCCCUCCUAUAAGCAAAAUAUCUUUAUUUAUCAUGUUCCAUUGAAAAAAAUGAAUUUAUAUUACAUUAUAUAUGGGUACCUGCUCGCAUAUGACGUCACAAAUUAAAAACCUUAACCAAUAAUUUUCUCUAAUGUUUCUGCUUUUAUUUAAACUAGUACUAGUAUAUUAUCAGGAGGACUUUCUCUUUAAUCACAGGUAAUGUUAAAAGAGUGAAAAUUGAAAAAAAAAAGUGUUCACGAUUCUAACUGGGAAAGAGUAUGUUAAUGUCUAGCAAUCUGAAAAAAGUUUGUCUCUGUUUUACAACUUCUCACCUUAUAUUUCAGGGCUGUAAAAAUGUCCUAUAAAUUCAGCAAGAAACACUGAAAUGACCACAAUAUCAUCUCAGUUAUCAUGUUAUUAAUCAAGAUCGAGAUUUGGGGUCUAAAUCUUUAUACGUGAUCGCAUGAUUGAUGAAUUGAUUAUGAAAUGAUUGCAUUUAAAAUCAUUCAUAUUGUUAUUAUUCCAUGUCCUUGUGUAUUCAAUAUAGUAAUUAAUGGAGUUAGAUCCUGGGGGGGGGGGCCACUUCCAUUGACUAGUGGAUACCAUGCGCGACAAUUGGGUCUCGAAAAGCACCCUAAACACGUAUUUUCCAUAUUCUGAAAAUGCACCCCUUAACAAGUAUUGGCGUGUGAAACCCUACCCUUAACAAGUAUUGGAAACAAAACGAUACUCUUGGCAAGUAUUCCCUGAAUUGAACCUCUAAACAAGUACAGCGAUAUUUUAAUUACUAUGUCACGGACGUCGGUCGUCGGUUUUACCUUUACUACAUCAUUGGGUUUAGUACGGCCACACCUCGCGCAAAUCGUACUCUAAACACUUAGUGUUGACUGUUGGGGCAAAAAGUACAUCCUUUAUAAAACAUUUUAAUCUUGAUUUUUUUAUACCCUCGCCAAUUUGACCCUAAACACGUAGCUUUCCUAGCUAAAUAGAUACCCUUUUUUUCAUUAUUUUAGUGUUUUUGUCACCCUUAAUACGUUACGUACGUAACGUGCCGUCUUGAAAAAGACAUCCUUUUUACAUGUUUUUUUUGGUCGCGCAUGGUAUCGACUCGUCAAUGUAAGUGGCCCUCCAGGGAUGCUAUAUCUUAGGAACAAUCUGCUCAAAAUCUACCUCAUCCCUGAUACAUUGUAAUGUCUACCCACACCAGCCUCAAUCCAUACUCCCUUAUACAUGCUGUUUUAACAAUUUUGUGUCAAUUAUUCCUUAAUGUCCUUAACUUUGAUUUGGCACAACAAUUUUGUGAUUUAUUAAAGCCAGGUUGCAAGAUCCAGAAGUAAAAUCAAUAUAUGUGUUUUUAUUUUUAAAAUCCAUUUAGCUUCCUAACUUCCUGUAUUUGAUAAAAAGAGUUAAAUGGAAAGGUUUGGAUGCUAAGAAUGUUGAAAUUAGCAAAAUAUUAAACUAAAAAUCAUAGUUGCCUCAAAGAAAUUUCCUCCUUUGUGUAUUGGUUAAAGAGAUAGUACAAUUUGUGUUAGUAUUAUAGCAGUGACAAUAAAAUGUUAGUUUUUUUUCAAUCAAAGUUAAUAUAAAUUAACUAAGACCUGUACUGAAAAGGUUAAUCAUUUCCCUGCUAUAGGCAAUCACUGUAACCUAGCGCUGGCUUGCUUAUUAAUACUUUUAUUUAUUAAUUUUAUUAGAACAAGAAAUAGUUCCUAUUGGAUUGUGUCAGCCAUAAACAAGCUCUAAUUCUAUGUAAUACACACAGAUUUUGUCUCAUUGGUUAAAAUUAGUUUACCUUCAAAAUCUUGUUGUUAUUCUUUACGUCUCAUUGGCCAGACUAAAGUUGCAGUUAGUGAUUUUAACUGACAACGUUGGUCUAGGCCACUAAUAUGCAAGGAUAUCAGUGAUUCUGAGUUAGCUGUAUUAUAAUUCGUGAAGUAGCAAGGUUUUGCAUGAAUUGUUUGUUAUUUUGGUUAGUAAAUCUGGGCUUUGUCUGACAAAGAGCUUUGAUUGAUCUGAUCAAUCAAAGCUAUGAAAUUUAGUCCAUGUAAUCCUUGUGUUUUAUGCAAUGUCCCUUUUGAAACAGAGCACUUUAUUGUCAAGACACUGUAGCAUCAUAUUUAAAAAAAAAAUCUUUUGACAUUCCCAAAUUGUUGGGGUUUUUUUUUUUUUUUUUUUAGUUGAUUGGAUCAAGUGCAACUCUUUGUAAAACAGACCUUUGAUCAUAUGUAGAACCCAAAACACCCAUCAGUGGAUCGACAUACUCAUGGCUAGUGACAUUAAAUCUGAAAAGUUUAUCUCCUUUAUUCCAAUUAUGUUUUUAUUACCUGUAUUAAUUGUUGUAAUAUGGCAAUUGGUCUAUUCUUGUCAGCUAAAAUGAUCUGGACAUUCAAGUGCACUGGGUAAUUAUUCAAUCUACUUGUAAUAACAAGUUAUGAAACCUACAAUGUAAUUCAUUUCUCAUUUAGCUUUAUUUUGGUAUAUAAACUGUAUGUAUAACCAUAUAAACAGCCAAAAUGUCAUUAAUUCUAUCGUUAAUCUAGCAUUGGCUGUUUAAUGUUUACUUAAUUGGCUCUUUUUUGGCUGGAAUUGUUAAUAGAUCUCAAAUGAAUGAGAUCCUGUUUUAUUAUCAAUUAUUAUCAAUUUAUUGACAUAUGAAACCCGAGGUAUAUAUAUUUGUAUAUUUUCAUUAGCUCAUUGGAAGUGAAAGAAAGUAUUUACGAUCCAUUGGAAGUAAUUUCAAUGAGGCCUAUAUGGAAAAUUAAUUUUGUGUAAUGAGGAAACAAAGGUGUUUUAAAUAGCUUGUUCAUUUUUGGCAAGUUUAUACUUUUUAAGUUGGAUAUUCUACAUAUUUUCACUGGAAGUUGAAGUUCUUCAAAAAAAAAGAUGACCUGAGUUAAUAGA